AUGACCGCCAGCCAGCAGCACACGGAGGCAGUGGACCAGCUCCAGACCAAUCUCAAUCACACCGUGCGUACAGAGACACCAGCUCAUGCAGCUUUCCGCUGACCCCAAACAGCUCGAGGAGACUGGAAGACUGUUCGCAGCCAUGUUCGCAAACCCGAACUCGCCGCCGACCUCUCAAGCCGCCAGACUCAAAGCCCUCUUGCCUGUCGCCGAGACUGCUUUCCACGGCGCGUUGGACAAGUUGGAGUGGGAACUGGUAUGCAACCUCUUUUCGGGACCAAUGUAAUGCCUGGGUUGGCUGAUCGGCUGUGUCAAAGCAACGCGCGAUGAAGGUCAUGCGCCGUGACUUGGCUGUAUGUCGAGAGCUCUCGGGCGUACAGACACAGCAGCAGGCGCAACCUCUAGCUGAACCGCAAUCGCAACCACAGCAAGCUACUUCGGAGAUUUCGCAGCCAUCAAUCAGAAAUGGGGCACCCGAGACGAGCAAGACAGAAUCGGGAACUGCUCAACCUCCUGCACCGGCUCCACGCGACACCGACAUGACGGAUGCCGCUCCAAUCCAGGAGGGCAAACCAUCUGCUCCCGAGACGUCUCCGAUAGCUGCUCCAGCAUCUGCUCCAGCCCCCGAAUCCAAAGCUGCCCCUCAAGAGAAACCUAACACAGAAACUCCACCAGCCCCAGAAUCGAAACCCGCUCAAGACGAACCCGAAAGCGCACCUCACGGCCUGCCACUGAUCGAUACAACCGCCGCAGCUCCAAAUACAACCGAUAAAUUGAAACCAGACGAUAACAAGCCCAUCGAAGACGAAAAGGCACCCGACACAGCCAACGACCUGGACUCCCUCUUCAACGACCCAAUGAGCGGUGGCGGCGCAGAUGCGAACGCAGACUUCAGCUUCCAUCAAGACACGGGCAACGAUAUGGACUUUGGAUCUUUCGGAGCAGACAACGAUAACAUCUCUUCUCUCCUUCCUGGUCUGGAAGAUUACGCCAACAACCAGCCAAGUAAUAACACGAAUGAAGUCGAUCUGGACCAACUCUUCGGUCUGGGAGAUAGCAAUCAGGGCGCAAUCGAUUCACAGGGUGCCGGAGAGCAACAUGACACCACAUUCGACGACCUCAUGGAUCUGGCUGGUUUUGAUGUGGACGGCGAUGCGAAUAACGGGAACAACAACAAUACCAGCAAUACCGACUUCGCCGACUUCGAUUCGCUCUUCAAUUAA